AUGCUAGGAUUUCGGUGGAGAGUUUGGUUUUGUUUGUUGAUCGGACUAUUUUCCAUAGCCUAUGCCUUUACAACAGAAGAACUGGAAAUGUUCCAGCUCCAAAAUGAGAUCGUUAGAGUCUACAACAACAAAGACCUCGACUUCUACAAGCUUUUGAAAUUGCCCAAGUUGAAGGACUCCACGUCCCAGGAAAUCCGCAAAAAUCUCAGAAAGCUUUCCAAAACUCAUCAUCCAGACAAAAACCAGAAAUACCGGAAACUCUAUGAGAGAUUGUCAUUGGCAACCAAGCUCCUCGAGAACGACUCACACCGCAAGACAUACGACUACUACCUAAAAAACGGGUUUCCUCGUUAUGACUACAGCAAAGGCGGGUUCCACUUCAGCAAAGUUCAGCCCAAGACCUGGUUCAUAGCUGGUUUCAUCUAUGUUGCUUGUGGAUUGAUCCAUUUGAUUAUCUUGAGACUUCAAAAUGACGGUAAUAAGUCGCGAAUCAACAGAUUUUUGAGAGAAGUCAGAGCUCAGGACACUUCUAGUGGAUUGGGUGAAAAACGGCUUCUUUUUAAGCAAGGUGCUGACGAUGAAGGCAAGGAAAUCAUCGUCAGGCUCGGCGAUGUGUAUGCCGUGCAGCCGGAUGGCCAAGAAGCUCUGAUAAGCACCAAAGACAUCACAUCUCCUGGUGUUCGCGACUGUCUUCUAGUAACUCUUCCACUAUGGAUUUGGAGAACGUCAAUUGGUCGACUCUUCGUUACUGAGAAGCCCGCCGCUGCAAGCGUCGCUCCCAAAUCCGAGGAAAGCUCGAAAGAGAAAGAGAAAGAGAAAGAGAAAUCACCUCGCUUAGACCCAAAGAAAAAUACCAUGGAGCUACCGAACGGUAAGGUUUUGCAUUCAAGAAAGAAAAACUUGUAG